AUGGAGUGUCAUUUGGGCGACCUGGGCCAGGGCCUGGGCCAGGGCCUCGGCGACGACGAGGACAAGGCCGGCAAGCAGCUGCUGGACCCCUGGGCGCCGCCGACGCCGGGCCCCUUCUUCGACAUGGAGGGCAGGAACAACGUGACGGCGCUGCUGGGAAAGACGGCCUUCCUCAACUGCCGGGUGCGCCGGCUCGGCAACAAGACGGUGUCGUGGGUGCGGCAUCGUGACACCCACCUGCUCACGGUGGGGCUGUACACCUACACCAACGACCAGCGCUUCCGCGCGCAGCACAACGGCGACGACUGGGUGCUGCAGCUCAAGUACCCGCAGCACCGCGACGCCGGCACCUACGAGUGCCAGGUGUCCACCACGCCGCACAUGUCGUACCUCGUCAACCUCACCGUCGUGGAACCUGCCUCGGAGAUCCUGGGCGGGCCCGACCUGUACAUCGACAGGGGCUCCACCAUCAACCUGACGUGCAUCGUGCUCAACUCGCCGGAGCCGCCCGCCUACGUCAUCUGGAACCACAACGACGCCAUCAUCAGCUACGACUCGCCUCGCGGGGGCGUGAGCGUGGUGACCGAGAAGGGCGUCACCACCGAGAGCUUCCUGCUCAUCCAGAGCGCGCGGCCCACCGACUCGGGCCGCUACUCGUGCAACCCGUCCAACGCGCAGGCCAAGGGCAUCAACGUCCACGUCCUCAACGGAGAGCACCCCGCUGCCAUGCAGCAGGCCGGGCAGGCCCACCACCAGUCCUCGCACCUGUACUGCCUGCUGUUCUGCGUGUGCCUGCUGUUGCUCGCGCCCUGAGUGGCCCGGCCCGGCCCCUGGCCCGGCCCCUGGCCCGGCGCGCCCAGCGCGUCAAGCCUGCGUCAAGCCACCGAGUCAAUCUUCCAGCCAACUGGGGAUAAUAUUUCCAGAAACAGGCCUCCGAACGACGCGUGUUUGUGUGGCUGCCACACUGCCGUCCCGGGAUGAAGCGAAAAUAAAGAAUUCUGCUGAAACGGCGCACAAAAGAACGCUGUCCCCCGGGAAAUUGUUCGACCGACGUUGACUCGAACAACUCCUGCUGCGGGCCUUGAGGGGAUUCUUGUCGAUGCACGAACCUUGAAAGAGGAACGUUUUCGGUGUGAUGAGAGUGUUUGGGAGCCAAUCAAGAGGAAGGGGCCUAAGUGAGCGGACGACUGUGUCUCAGUGAGAGUGGUGUGGAUCAAAGCUCGUUGCAGCAGGAAAUAAAUGGACUUCAGUGCUGCAACACAUAUUGUGUAUGAAAACUGUAGUGCACUGCAGGACGUCUCUAGAGCAGAGAAAUUUUAAUUCUGUGUCUGAGUUUGUGUAACUGUGUGCGAUGUGUCUGUUUUGUGUACUAUGAUGUAAAGCUGCUGUAUAGUUCAUCUGUUUUCUGUUAUUUAAUGUAAUGUCAUGUUUUGUUUAUUUAUUUCUGUAAUGAAAUUCACACGUCAAACCGUUAGCAACUUGUGGAAUAUAAUCCAUGGCAACUGGUUGGCCUGAGUUCUUUCCUUACGUUGAGUGCAGCUUCUGAUUAAGCAAACGGUAGUUUGUUGUUUUGUUUUUGUUGUCUUUGUUAUUUGGAAGAAAACUAUUUGUGAGUGAGACAGCUGUAUCUAUCGAACUGAAAAAAAAAGACAGUCUUUUUGCUCAUCUCGCAUGCUGUAGGAAAAUUAGUCAAAAUUUAUUCAUGCCAUUUUGAAGAAUGGUUUCAACGACAGGUUUGAGUAAUUUAAAUUGUUUCAAACUUAUGAUUUGAAUUGUCAGUGACUGAGCAUCUGCUGCUUUUAAAAAGUCACUGGAUUAAAAUGAAAUGAAAUUCGUUCCAUCACGAGUCUUGCCAUGCAUGUGAUAAUUAUUAAGGAUUUUUAUUUGGCUGUGGGAGCUAAAUUCACCUUUCAUUCGGAUGUCUCAUCUUCAAAAGCUAGUCGAUAACUUUGCUCUCAGAAACCAAGGAAGUCUGUGAUAAUUCUAGUUGCUACUAAUGUGGUUCAUCAGUUUAAGAAUUGAAAAUGUGUGUGUCUGUGUGUGUGAGUAUUCUAUGAUUUGUACCAUACUCUUCAAAUGUGUUCCUGGUAUAAUUUAAUCAGUAUAUCCGUUGUAUUCAGGUGUGUUUUUCUUCUUAUCUUGUAUGACAAAAAAGCGGUCCAUGAAAGACUACACACGGGGGCCCGCACCUACUCUAUUAGUUUGAGGCGUUUCCGCACGCUUCUUUUUACCAGGUUAAUAUUUUGUCACUUUAGCGACCAUACCUUGUUGGCAAUCACAAUCCAAUUUUUUGGGAAGCUUGAAUUCAGAUUUUGAAAUGCACAGAAUAUUGCAGAUCAUGGUGUUAACUGAUAUCACAAACUGUUUGUGACUUAAUGUGUGAAAAUUCUACGCAAUAAAAGUAAAAUAACUACUG